AUGAACCGGAUACCUAUUGAGAUACAGAACGAGAUUUUGAGACACUGUGAUUUGUCAGCCGCUGUCAGCCUUCGAGACACGUGUAUCACGUGGCGAGAACUGUGUUCUGAGUCGGUUCUGGCCAGCAAGGUGCAAAGUAGAGUGCCUUGGAUGACUCCUGGAGAACAUAAUACGAGUCUGGACUCUUGGGCUCUUUGUGCAAAAGUUGUUUUGAGCCGUCGGAAAGCCAUUGAUGGCGGCAAGUAUGACCAUGUGGAGUUGCUGGACCGAAUUCCAAACUUCAAGGCUGGCAAAGUUGAGUAUUUGACAGCCGAGGAAGUGACGACUUUACCUCCAGGAUACCAGUCUGUUUUCGAUUCGGUUUAUCUGCGGUCUGUUGCCGAUGCAGAGCCGCAAUUGUUGGCUCUUCGCGGCUCAUCUUUGUACAUCAAUAACCGCCAAGCAAUGUUGGAUCUAUAUACACUGGAUGUGAAGCCCACCAACGUGGAUAUAGCCAACGAGGGGGUUCUGGAGUUUGAAGAAACCGCCACCAAUAACGUGUAUGAGUGUCACGGAUGCUCCAUUGAGCUUCCUGAGGGGGCAGAAACUCUUCGUUUUUACUCUGGAAAGAAACAAAUGGUGGUCUAUUAUGACAUCGAAUUGGAGGAGCGGGUAUGUGUGAUGGAUAGGAAGCCCAGCAUGAGCUACAAGGACGGGUUUGCGUUUGUGUUCAACGCGGAAACCAUGAAGGUUCAUGUUGCACGAGAGGCUGUGUUUUUGACCCAGGUUGAAGAUCCCUAUUUCUGCACCUAUUGGCUUGAUGUGGGAGCUCGAACCCGGGUUGUUGUGGCCAAGUCUGAGUUUGAGCAGCCCUACGACGAAUGGACCUUGUGGUAUGAAGAUGUCUUCACCUACAAUGGACUGUUAUGGCACACUUUUGAUGAGCAUGUGGUUCCGUUGGUGGUGGACCUGGAACAUCUGGACAAGACAGGAUACAAGCCUCAGCAUAUUAUCCAAUGGUCGGAUGGUGGAGAAACUCAUCAGGGCAACGACGGCAGCGAAAGCUUCUUUGGAAGCAAAACCUCCACCACUCAAGCUACAGAUAUGGCUACUUACACAAAUUAUAGAGUCAAGGAGGACCGCAACUAUGAUAUGGACGAUGUCUUCUUUCCGGGGACAGUCGAGGGCCAUUUUGGUUUCUGGAAAUGGAGUGGAGACUAUGCCGAUCGAGUCAUCAAUGCAGCUAUAUCAAGUCUGAGAGAAUGA